AUGUCUUACCGCAACGACGACAGCUACGGCAGUGGCAACCAGAGCUCCGGCUACGGUGACAACGACUCUUCUAGCUACGGCAACAACUCCAGUUCUGGAUCCAAGAAGAAUAGCUACGGUGACAACAACAAUGACUCCAGCUACGGUGGAAACAACGACUCCAGCUACGGUGACAAUGACUCCUCCAGCUACGGCAACAACUCCAGCUCUGGAUCCAAGAAGAACAGCUACGGUGACAACAACAACAACUCCAGCUACGGCGGAAACAAUGACUCCUCUAGCUACGGUGACGACAACAAUGACUCCAGCUACGGCGGAAACAACAACUCCAGCUACGGUGGAAACAACGACUCCAGCUACGGCAACAACUCCAGCUCUGGAUCCAAGAAGAACAGCUACGGUGACAACAACAAUGACUCCAGCUACGGCGGAAACAAUGACUCCAGCUACGGUGGAAACAACGACUCCAGCUACGGUGACAACAAUGACUCCUCUAGCUAUGGCAACAACAACAAAAACAACAACAGCUUUGGUAGCAAGCUGCUCAACAAGGCCGAAGGAUUCCUUGACCGCAACUAA